CGAUAUGCAAACGAUUAUAUAUAGAUUAUAUAAAUGCUAUUAUAUAUAACAAUUCAAUUAAAUCGGACUUUAAUAAAUGAACCUAAUAAUUGAGACAGUCUAGAUAACAGAUGUAAAAUGAUGGCGAUCGUUCAAAUGUCAAUCCGGAAUCGCGAGAGAACGAUAUUGCCAUCUUGGAAUUCGUGCGAGGUGGAGAUUUGCAGAUUCAGCUAGAUUCAAUCGGUAACUCAUGACGGCAACGAUUUCAUUGAUUAUCGAUAAUGCAGAACUCGCGGCACCUGUUGCAUUUGAUUGGCGCGACAUGCGCUAAAUUUCAAACGUUUUGCUGUACAACGGUGCCUGGUGGUGUAAUGUGAUAUACACAUGUAUAACGUGCCUUUUCGUCUUGUUUGUUGCGAAUCAACGAGUUGCAAAGUUGUCAUCGGUUAUUGCGGAGGAAAUUCACACCGCUUCACAUCAAUUGCUGACUCUCGCGUCUCACAUGGAGUAACAUGGCUGCGUUAGUUAACUUAGAAACACGAAUAUCGCGUCUGAGCGAUCCUCUUUCCGAGGCGAACGUGGUGGAUCUGCAGGACGAGCGAACGAUCGUGAGGUUAAUUCGACUCUUGGGAACGCGUAUUCAGAAGAGAGAUUUGCUGCAGGAAGACGUGUGCAAGAAACAGAAUCAUUUCAGAAACGUAUUGGUGAAACUAGAACAUGAAAACGCGUUCUUAAGACACGACAACAACGAACAGAAAAAGAUAAUCUCUACAUUAGAAGGUCGUAUUUGUAAGCUACAAAACCAUAUCGACGACUUGUUAUGCAAAUUGAACAAUGCGUGCGAUGCUAUGAGGAAUAUACAGGAAGAGUUGAAAGACAGAGACAGGCAACUCCAACAACAUGUGUUGGAGAAGGAAAAGCUAAUACAGAGAUGCAACAUUAUGAUAGAAGUGGAAACCGACAAAAUGACCGCUGAAAUGGAAACAAAAUUGCGAGAACAGCGUGAGCGACUGACGAGCUGCAUCAAAAAGAAAGACGACAAAUUGAAAUUGGUAAGGCAAAUAUUGACUUCAGCUCGUGAGGAUACGUCCGAUAAUAUCACCCUGACGCCACCAAUAGCUUCAAGUUCGAGAGUGGAGACUGCGGAGAAAUCAACUUUGAUGAUACCCAAGAAAGAACCUUCACUGAUGUCCAUCAAUCUUCAAACUUCCAAGAGUCCUUUUGGACAAAUCCGCCAAAUAUCUUCUCAUGCAAGAACCAUUCCCAAUGACACUCAUGGAAAAGUCGUAGGGGAACCGAACUCGUUAUCCAACGAAAAAUCUGCAGUGACAUUCGUCGAUUCUCAAACUUCCAGCCCUCGUAGUCAGAUUCGUCAGGUACCCUUUCACGCGAGACCCAACUCUGACGAUGUCCAAGAACAAGCCGCGAAGGAACCAAUCCUAAUGACAGUCGCAGAAUCUUCCACGUCUUCGGAUUUGAAAACCGAGAUCGUAGAGAAACCGAAUUCAACGAUGCCCCUUGAUUGUCCAUUGUCAUCUACGUCGGUCGAUAAUACAAUUGUUAACAAGAUCAACUUCAGUAUAAAGGACAAGAUUCCAGUAGUGAACCCGAGAUAUCAGCGAGUGCAAAAUACAGAUAGAUGGAUAGAUCAUCGUCCCCACGGAAUAGUUCCAACUGGUACGAUUUUACAACCGCAAACGCAGCCUCAUCAGCGUACCAUUCGGAAGCUGACGAAACCGAAAGAUUUUCUGGCCGGAUCUUCUAAAUACUGCCUACUCUCGCAGGAACAAGAUGCGGAUGGUGAACUUGAAACCAAGUUGUACAAAGCCGAUGUAUUGCCGACUUGUGGAGGAGGUGCGCAGAUUGUAUUUAACGAUAUAGAAUGCUUAAGGCAGAUAUCUCCAACCGCUGCAAAACGUAAUGGGCAGAAAUUGGAAAAUAAUCCGACUCAUAAUCCAUGCGGAAAAACCUUCGACAAAUGAUAACUGUCCAGGGGUCUGCAAGAUGCCGAUCUUCGGAAGAACGGUGCCAUUCUUUUUCUGAGUAUUCUCUUGCGAAAUACGUGAUAGCCGGCAAAGUUACCGGCUCGAGUGUCGCGACGAAAGAGAUAUGUAUCGUGUGAGUAUCAUCCAACGAAUGUGUCGUUCCUCCCAUGGAUGCAUUCUGCGAAGUAACCGAGCUCUAUCUCGCUCCGCGAUAGUUGAAACGCACUUAACCGAACCGAGCUAGCAUUUACAAAGUGUAUUUCAUUUCGUAACGAUUUGUAUAUGCAUAUAUGCGCGCGCGCGCACGCGCGUGUGUGCGUGUGCGUGUACACUUAUCAGCUAAAAAAUUGCAACACUUUUAUGAUAAUUUUCAGAACAUAUUCUGUUCACCGAGCGAUUAGUUCCUACCAAUGGAUCUAACCAAUUACGUUCAACCGCUCCACAAGUAAAAUCCAUCAAAAUAAAGUGUUUAUUAACAACCUUUUAGCUGAGUAUACAUUAUCUCUCGACAUUGCGAAGUAUAUAUCACUAUCGAUAACUUCAGCGAAACAACGGACAUUCGUAUAGCUUCGUCUUGAGCUACUAAAAUUACAUCUUAUAUGAUAAAAUGAUUAGGCGCGUACCCAGACAGUUCUACACUUGGCAAGCGCCGCAAUGCUCGGUCGAGAUUUACUGCAACGGUAACACAUCAAGUUUAGAUAUCUCUGUAGCAUACAGCAUGACUCACAUCUGUUAAUCAGUCCUAUUAAAAAAAAAAGAGAGAGAAACUGCUGCUAAUAUAUUUUCAGACAUUACAACUACUGAUAUUAGCAGAUAAGGAAUCUGUGUGCGACUUCUUUUAUCUCAAUCCGCAGAUAAUACUGCCCAUCCAAUUGGUGUACACUUCAAUGCCGUUAAUUUUUUGUCACGAGAUUCAUCGGAACAAUACGAAGAUAUACUAUCGCUUUCUUCGAGACGUGUGCGACAAGAAAAGAAGAUAUGAGCGACAGAGAAAAGAGGAGGCAUCGUUUUUUUCCACUUUAUAUGAAAAUUCUCGCGCGUUUGCAAGUGAACACGUAUUAACGCUGUGUGCGAUUAAAAAGUUUUUCUAUCACGAA